ACUACUCGAUCAUUUGUAAGCAAUGGACAACAAUGAAAAUAAGGACAAUUUAUGCCCGCCAGCUACGAAAAAGAUAAAAAUUGACAAUUUUGGCAUAAAAGCAAUACUCUCCGAUGACUACAAAAAGGACAUAGAGCUGAUGCAGGUGCACAGCUGUCAAUUGGAGAGUAAACAACAGCUGCAGGCAGUCAUCAAAGAACUCGCCCUGAAGCUGCCACAUUUCCAGCAUUUGAAGCGCGUUCAUGACAGAAAUGUCUUAAUAUGUCCAUCAGAUGAUAUUAAAGAGUCGCUGGAGCAGCACUUGAAGCUACAUCAGAUCUCCGAUAAUGUUUUGGAGGCCCUCUGUCGCAAUGUGAAUGUGAUCGAAGUGCCUGCCAGUUCGGCCAAGCUGCGUGUGCAAUACGAAAAAAUGAGCAAAUAUUGGCCAUGCAAAUUUCACCCGGAUAAAUAUGCCGAAUCCUUGCAGAAUGGCAGUAAUUUUACAGACAGUCAAAGGGCGUACCACAAGCGCAUGGCCGAGCUGCUCUGGAAGCUAUCGACGGAUGUGAGCAAGGGACAAAACGUGGGCAUUUGUGUAGAUCCACGAAGGCCAAGCAUUGUGGCCAUAGCAGCUGCAGGCGACGGCAACAGUCAUCAGCAUUGCGUAAUGUGGCUGGUGGAUCAUGUAGCGCGCAGUCAACGUGGCGGCGCCUGGCAAUCGGAUGUGGAGUUCGUUAAAGACGAACCACACACAAAGAGCACCUUGAGUGGCUUACCACAAAUCUUUUACGACUAUCUAAAGCAAGACACAGCUUGCCAGGAUUUAAACCUGGGUGCUGAGCUGCCCAGGAGAGAGGAGCACCAGCAGCAGUCAGAGCCAGUUGUUGAGGAUAUUCAUGCUGAUAAUCUAUGCAAAUAUGGACCUUACCUGUGCACCGGCUACGAUGUCUACUUGCUGCGUGAGCCCUGUCUGAUGUGCUCCAUGGCGCUGGUGCAUAGCCGCGUCAAGCGCAUCUUCUUCCUCGAGCAGUCCGAGAAUGGCGCACUUACCAGCAAAUUCCAAUUGCACGCAGUCAAGGAACUGAAUCAUCACUACGAAGUUUUCCAAUUUACGAUGUGACAAAACUGCUUCAACAAA